UGACGGUUCGAAAAAACGCCCCCUCCCAUUCUCUGCGUUGAGCGGCAAAAGGUGAAUCCCCCCCAUGGCUUCCUCCUCCUCUGGCUUCGACACCGCUUCGUCUCCCUCUGCCGGCUUCUCUUUUCCAAUACCUUCCUCCUCGGCGUCUUCCCCAUCUCCAUUCGGCUUCUCAAACCUCGGCGCUUCAUCGGUCUCAUCUGCUGCGACCACGGCCGAUCUUUUCUCCGCGUCGACCGCCGCCUCCGCACCCAACCCCUUCCCCUUCUCCUUCUCCCUUCCCACAGCGUCGGCCGCCUCGUCCUCGUCGUCCACCGCACCCUCCUCCUCCCCUCUUUUUGCUUCAGGCUUUGGCACCUCUGCCUCGUCGUUGACAUCCUUUUCGUCCUUCUCGACCGCCGCUCCUUCCUCCACCCCAAACCCUAGUUUCGGUUCCGGUUCCGAUUCCGGCGCGUCAUCUUCUCUGUUCGGCUUCGGGACAUCUUCCUCUGUUUCCUUUCCGUUGCUUACAACUUCGUCUUCCCCUUCUUCUUCUUUCACGACGGCCCCUUCGUUCUCCACGGUUUCGCCGGUUUUCAUUCCUUCGGCAGCGACUUCUGCAGCUAGCACCGCCCCUUCUCUCGCUUCCUCUGCUUCAUCCUCAGGCCCUACUACUGCAGGGAUGGCUGAGACGGCAACGACAAUUCCAUCCGACUCAUCAUUGUUUCCCUCGCCUUCCUUUGCGUUGCCCCUCUCUUCAUCAUCGUCUUCUUCUUUUACUUUUUCAUCGCCUUCCUUUGGAACUAGCGGAUCCUUUCCGCAGAGCUCCUUCACUGCUGCUUCAUCUGCCGGUACCUUUUCAUCCGCGCCUGCUGCAAUCACAACCUCCUCGUCAUCUACCUUAGCAAUUGGCUUUUCAUCUGGGACUCCAUCAGCGGCUGCUGCACCAUCCCUCGCAGCUACAAGCAUUACGACUUCUGUGCUAGCUGAAACGGCCCCAUCUACAGCUUCCUCUUUGUUUGCUUCACCAUCAUCUUUCUCUGCUGCAUCUCCCUUGUCGGUUUCAGUUUCUUCAUCAUUGUCAGCAGCUGCGGCAUCCGUCACUGCAUCUUCUGCUUUGGCAUCGAGAACGACUGCAGCUGUCACUGCAUCAUCUACAGAAGCCUCCCCGACAGCAUCAACAACGGCUGCUUCUUUGUUCGAUGAUCAACAUUUUAUAAGGCUGCACAUGCAGCUUAUGCCAAGAACCAACUUUGAUGCCAUAGUAUCUAAACAAAAUUCCUCCUCGGGUUCCUCUACUUCAGCAUUAGCUAGCGAUUCAAGUUCCGGUGCUGCCACAAGUCAAGCUUUACCUUCAGUUGUCCAAGCUAGUAGUGGCGGACUUACUACUACCAAUUCAGUCACAACUCAGGCACCUAAGCUACCAUCAGAGAUCACUGGAAAAACUGUUGAGGAGAUUCUUAAGGACUGGAAUACUGAGCUGCAAGAGCGUACUGCAAAAUUCCAAAAUCAGGCUACAGAAAUUGCUGAAUGGGAUAGGUGGAUCCUACAAAACCGAAAUAUUCUCAUUUGGCUGGAGGCUGAAAUGGCAAAAGUUGUGGAGACUCAAACUAACUUAGAGAAGCAACUUGAAUUAAUUGAAACUCAUCAACAAGAGGUUGAUAAGGCAUUGGAGAGCAUGGAACAAGAAGCAGAGUGCAUAUGCAAGGAUGAGUGUGCAUUACUUUUGGAAGAUGAGGCUACAUCUGUGAGAGAUUCAAUGUAUGACCAAGCAGAGUUUAUUGAAAGAGAAAUGCAAGGGAUUGCCGAACGAGUAAAAUCAAUAAUUCAAACUGUGAAUUCCUCUCAGAGUGGUGAUCUGGAUAUGGUCGAUGCUGCAUCUCCGCUUGAUAUUGUUGUUCGAAUACUUGACAAUCAGCUUAGAACUCUAAUGUGGAUCGACGAGAAGGCAAAUGAAUUCUCAUAUCAGAUUCACAAGGUGGCUAAAAGUGGGGCCGCAGAUGAACAUGGUAUGACAGGUUGAUGCAUGGCAUGGUUGGUUCACUGACGCUGUUGUGGCGCGAGGGUGGCGGGUGGCCGGGGUCUGGGGCACUGGUAGCACUUGGUGAAGAGCCCAAAGUUGUGUCCCACCUGCUUGAUGAAGUUGGUCGUGCGCGCCCACCACCAGCACCCACCCCCACCACGAAGGCGUUCACCGCAUACAUCGCCGUCCAGAUCGGUAAGAAGAAGGGUGGCUUCUCAGCCGCAUUCUGCAAUGACGAUGAAGAUUUCACACAGGGAAUGCAGAGGGAAGAAGGAUGGUCAUCACCUGUCGUGCGGAUGGUGCUCGGUAGGUGAGCAUGUGCGCCAGCGUCGGAAUGAUGCAGACAGUGAAGCUGACUAGGACCGACCCGACGACGGAGUUGAUGGGGCCGAAGAAGGGGAAGAUGAUGGCAAGGAACCAGAUGGGGAUGCGAGCGAUGGCGCGCCGGCAUAUGCUCUUGCUGUCGUGCAUCCCCACCACCUUCUCCCACACGAAGUAUAGCGGGGUGCACGCGAAGCCGAAGGUGAUGAACUUGUGGAUGAGCAUGAGGACGACGGCGGCGUCCCUCCACCUGGAUUCGGGCAGUAGCGAGAAGGCGUUGGAGUGGGAUAGCAGUUGGUCGCCGAAGGCCUAGUACACGGCGGUCGUCGAUGGCAGCGUCAGGGUGAUCGCGUACGAUGUCUCUAGGUACGGAGUGUAAGAUUAUGCGGUCCUCGAUGAUCGCUUAUGGCGCCUUAAAUGUUAAAUUAUAUGGUUCUAUUUAAUUAAAUAAGAUAUAUUAUAGA